AUGGCAUUAUCAGAGUUCAGUUUGCAAUAUGUGCCACAAAAAGCUUUCAAAGGACAAGCUCUAGCCGAUUUUUUGGCCCAGCAACCUUCUCCAUAUGGUUUCGGGGGCGACGAAGUUGACCUCGGACUGGUCGAAACACGAGACAACUACUGGAUGAUGCACUUUGAUGGUUCUAGUACUUCGGCCUCGGCUGGUGUCGGCAUCAUCAUUCAAUCCCCCGACCACUACCGUUGGUAUUUCUCUCUCAAGCUAGACUUCAGUUGUACGAAUAAUCAGGCCGAGUAUAAGGCUCUUAUCAUCGGCCUUUACAUCUUUCAUGACUUAAGAGUAGCUCGCGUCUUUGUCCUUGGCGAUUCAGAACUUGUGAUUAACCAACUAAACGACGUUUUUCGUUGCAUGAUUUAUACUUUGGCACCCUAUCAUAUGGUUGCCAACUAUUUGGCCAAGUCAUUUGAGGGAAUUACAUUUGAGCAUAUUUUGUGUGUUUGA